AUGGCCUAAAAGGUAGUUUUAGCUAUGGACUUAAUUCCGACACUCACUUUUAUGUCGAACCUCUGACAGAAGGCUCAACAGAAGAUGGCCAUCUUCAUGCCAUAUACAGAGCCAGUGACUUGAUGGAUGCAAAUGUGACUGCUACUUGUGGUAUUGGUAAUACUAGCCAUAGCUUUAGUACUCAUCGCAUUGUACAAGAAGUGAGGAAAAAAAUUUCUAGGAUUGAAAGAGAUGUGCACAAUGAGACAAAAUAUAUUGAGCUUGUUAUUGUCAGCGACUUUAAUUUGUUUACAAUACUUGGUACUGUAGCUGCUGCAGGGGAUCGAGCUAAAUAUAUUGCUAAUUUUGUAGACUCGCUUUACAAGCCAUUAAAGAUUCAUGUAGCUUUGGUGGCAGUAGAGACUUGGAAUGACGGUGAUAAAAUCAAAAUAUCAUCAGAUCCUUUCGCAACUAUCAAGAAAUUUAUGCUCUACAGGAAGCAAACACUCCGGCAUGUUUACAGCCAUGAUAUUGCGGAGCUUCUAACGUCCGUUAAGUUUAAGGGAGCGAAUGUUGGACUGGCUCCAGUUAGGGGAAUCUGUGCCCCUCGUAGAUCAUGUGGUAUUAAUCAGGAUACCGGGACGGCAGAUAGAGUUGCUGGCAUUAUGGCACAUGAAAUGGGACAUGCCCUGGGUAUGAGGCACGACAAGAAACGUGAGAAUUUAAUGAAUCCUGGAGGAAGAAAGCUGAAGUGUGCAACUCUUGGUGCUCCAUCAUCAAACGUAGUGCAGAGCAUUUCAUCAUCAAACGUAGUGCAGAGCAUUUCAACAAGAAAUCAGAGAACAAAGAGAAGAGCCUCAGAGAUGACAGAAAACGACGGCGUGAACAACGAUUCACAAAAACUGAGAGUAUUCUGCACUGUAACCACCCUGGCUGUUCAUUUCAGUAGCAUUCUCACUCCCUUUCACACAAUGUCAGACCUACGCUCAGGCUCUUACUUUUUUCUUUUCCUAUUUUUCACUAAUAUUGCUCAUGCUGUGGGAAGACAAUCAAUUGCGAGUAGCAACAGUGAAAUACUAAAGCCUUCAGUCGACGUGCUUCACUACGAGAGAGUCGUGCCGUUGGAUGUCGACGGUAAUGCAAUUGCUAGAGUGUCAACUCGAGAGAUUUCCGGUCUUCACUCCUUGACUGCCGUAUUUCACGUUCAUACAUUUGGUAAAAAGUUUACUUUGGAUUUGGAACUAAACAGGGGUUUGUUCGCUCAGGGGUAUAGGGAAGUGCAUUUCAAAGCUAACGGUGAAAGAGUUGUUCAGACACAUGUUGAUCACUGUUAUUACCACGGCUUCGUACGGGGUGUGCCUAAUUCACAUGUGGUACUCUCUACUUGUCAUGGCCUAAAAGGUAGUUUUAGCUAUGGACUUAAUUCCGACACUCACUUUUAUGUCGAACCUCUGACAGAAGGCUCAACAGAAGAUGGCCAUCUUCAUGCCAUAUACAGAGCCAGUGACUUGAUGGAUGCAAAUGUGACUGCUACUUGUGGUAUUGGUAAUACUAGCCAUAGCUUUAGUACUCAUCGCAUUGUACAAGAAGUGAGGAAAAAAAUUUCUAGGAUUGAAAGAGAUGUGCACAAUGAGACAAAAUAUAUUGAGCUUGUUAUUGUCAGCGACUUUAAUUUGUUUACAAUACUUGGUACUGUAGCUGCUGCAGGGGAUCGAGCUAAAUAUAUUGCUAAUUUUGUAGACUCGCUUUACAAGCCAUUAAAGAUUCAUGUAGCUUUGGUGGCAGUAGAGACUUGGAAUGACGGUGAUAAAAUCAAAAUAUCAUCAGAUCCUUUCGCAACUAUCAAGAAAUUUAUGCUCUACAGGAAGCAAACACUCCGGCAUGUUUACAGCCAUGAUAUUGCGGAGCUUCUAACGUCCGUUAAGUUUAAGGGAGCAAAUGUUGGACUGGCUCCAGUUAGGGGAAUCUGUGCCCCUCGUAGAUCAUGUGGUAUUAAUCAGGAUACCGGGACGGCAGAUAGAGUUGCUGGCAUUAUGGCACAUGAAAUGGGACAUGCCCUGGGUAUGAGGCACGACAAGAAACAAAGAUGUAAUUGUUCAAACGGAGGAGGUUGCAUUAUGUCCGCUUGGAUUUCCCGUACUGCCACCAAGUGGUCUUCAUGCAGUGUCUCCAGUUUGAGAAGAGCACUGGACAGUGGCUUAGGAGCUUGCCUUUUCAAUGCACCUACUCAGCUGUUUGGUGAUCCGGUGUGUGGUAACGGAUUUGUUGAGAACGGCGAAGAAUGCGACUGUGGUUCAAAUGCGGAGUGCUCACUGAUUGAUCCUUGCUGCAUCCCAGGAACUUGCAAAUUGAAGCCAACAUCACAAUGCAGCACCGGAGAAUGCUGUGAUAGGUGCAAGUUUAAGUCGGCAGGCAGUGUGUGUCGCCCGUCUGUCGAUGACUGCGAUCUAGAAGAACACUGUGUUGGCGAUUCCAACGAGUGUCCAGAGGAUUUGUACAAGCGAGAUGGAAGUCCGUGUGACAACAACAGUGGGUACUGCUAUGAGAACCAGUGUAGUACUCUUGAUAAACAAUGCAAGUAUCUUUGGGGCUCUGAUGCAUCUGUUGCACAUGAUGUGUGUUAUGAUACUGGCAACAGACGAGGUGAUGAGUGUGGACACUGUGGUGUUGUGUCAUUCAAUAUCUAUAAAGCAUGUUCAACAAGUGAUGUCCGGUGUGGUUUGCUGCAAUGUCGAGGAGGGAGAGGAGAUGGUGCUACAACAGGAGUGAUUCAUUACACAGUUGAUCACCUGUUAUAUACAUGUACAUGCAGGAACGUUUCGAUUAAUGUUGGAGAUGAUAUGCUUGAUCUAGGCUUGAUAGAUGAUGGAACAAAGUGUGGUGAUAACAUGAUUUGUAUCUCGCAUGUUUGCACUGAUAUUUCGUCUCAAAAUAUUUCUGAUUGUCCAAGAGGAUCUAAUAGGCAAAUCUGUUCGGGAAAUGGGGUGUGUAACAAUCGUAAUAAAUGCUCGUGCAAUAAUGGAUAUUUGCCUCCUACAUGUGCAAGCAAAGCAACAGUUGCAAUUGAUGGACAGUGGGGUUCAUGGUCUCGUUGGUCGUCGUGUAGUCAUAGUUGUGACGGAGGUGUCAGGUCUCGCUCUCGUUUCUGUGACAAUCCUUCUCCCAGCAGUGGUGGUCAGUCGUGUUCAGGCUCCAGGACAAGCCGAGAAUCUUGCAACAUAAUAGCAUGUCCCGAGGGGCAGUGGAGUAGGUGGUCGGGAUGGUCAGAAUGCUCGAAUCCAUGUGGCCAAGGUACUCAGACACGCUCACGAAGGUGUGACAGUCCGUCAUCAAAAACCAGUAGCUCAAAAUGCAGAGGCAAGAACACAGACACUUUGUCAUGUACGGGAACACAAUGUCCACAAGAUGGAGGGUGGAGUGAGUGGGGACAGUGGAGUGAUUGUUCGGUAAGGUGUGGAGAUGGCGGCCGACGGGAAAGGACUCGGACUUGUACUAAUCCCAUUCCUUUGCAUGGUGGUGUUGACUGUGACACCAACUUUGAGAGUGAGUCUUUAUUCUGUGGCAAGUGCAACGGAGACGAAACCUGCAACAUUCCGUGUAGGUCUGAGACAGGGAAGGCUGGUGAUAGCAAUACUGGAGCUAUUGCUGGCGGUAUAGCAGCAGGGUUGGUCAUCAUAGCAAUCGUCGCUGUGAUUGUCUACUCUGUUCGAAGACGGUCUUCUGGUACCACAACAGUCAAACCCUACUACAGCAGCUAUGUAUCUGCCAAGACAGAUGAUGACUUGAAAGGAUACAGAGCUCCGCUCCUAGAUCAAGCAUCUUUACAGGAGAGGCUAAUAGGGGACAAUAUGGAUAUGGACACAACAACAGAUACUGCCAACUGCCCCAAUGAAGCUAGCACUCAAUAAAGCAAUAAAGCCUCAUAGACAGUGGCCUCCAAAUUGAAUCGGCUACGCAGCAAUGGUGGUGAACAGUUUGGGAUUCUGUUUCUUUAUCUCUUUAGUGUAAAAUUCCGUAUUUCUUCAAAUAGUAACAUGGUAACAUGCGA